UGCAUUUACUCUCAUUCACCACCUAACACUGUCAGUACAUUUACUAAUAUGUACCAGACCUGUAUGAAAAAAUUAAACAAAUAAGAGACGAACAAUUAGAACAAGGACAUAAUAUAUACAAAAUAACUUAAUGAUUUCAUGGUAGAGAUAUAAUAUAUAUAACUUGCAUCUGUAAAUUAACUUCAGAGUUCAGAAAAACAUUUUAGUUUUCCCUACUCUUUCUGCUUGGUACCAUGCCAUUGAUCGCAAAGAAAACAGUGGUGUCAGUGGAUCUACUCUGUUCAAAAUGCAGAAUGAAGGUCAUGAGUUUAAUAUCAAAGCUAGAAGGAAUAACUUCUAUUGUCCUUGACCCGUCCAAAAGUACAGUAACAGUUAUUGGGGAGGCUGAUCCAGCAUGCAUUAUCAAACAAGUCAGGAAGUUCAGUAGAACUGCACAAAUAACAAGCGUUGGUCCUCCCAAGGAAGAGAAGAAGGAUGACAAAAAGGAUGACAAGAAAGACGCAUGUCCUGCUCUGCCGAAAACAUGUCAGAGAUGUGAGGUUUGGUACGUGGUUAGUGAUGAUUAUUACGGCCACUGUAACAUUCUAUGAUCACUUCACAUGGGCCGACUUCUGUGAAUCUUUAUCAGAAAUGACGCAUCCAUGCUACCAUAUUCUUUUGAGUCAGUAAGCUAGAGCAAGAGUUUAAUGCUCUAGUGGUCGCCAAAUUCUUUAGUUAUGAUAUUAUAUGUUGUUUAAAGUCUUUCCUGUUUUCAAAAGUUUCAAUAUUGGACCAAUUAAGUGAUGCUUUGGAGAUAAUUUGGGUGGCUAUAAUCCGCUUAGCCUCAACCUUUCACUGUAACUUGCUUGUUUCAUUUCAUUUCUCCUGCACUCUUCUUCCUUAUGGCAGAUACUGAGAGGGGGAUUGAGUUGUCCAAUAUUUUGUCGUAGGGACGUUAUGGACAAGGUUUUAGUUUC